CGCACACGCAAACACACACCCAUGGCCGUCCUCUUGCCCCAUCUGCAAUUAUCAACAGAGUGUUUCACUUCUCUAGGUUGAAGGCAGCUCUUUCCAGGACAGAGUGUGACUCAGACGCUACAGAGAUCAUGAUGAGUGUCCUUUUGGAUUACGAACAUGACUAUCAUUAUCAUGACCAUGACAAUAGUUCCAACCACAGUGACUAUGAUGACAAGGAUUUUGCAGACUUCCACACAGUCUGCGACAAACAAGAGGUCCGGUCUUUCGCUGGGGUCUUUUUGCCAGUCGUCUACACCCUAGCAUUGAUCCUGGGCCUGGCAGGAAACUCGCUGGUCAUCUUAGUUUACCUUUCCCACAAACGCUUACGGACGCUGACGGACGUUUUCAUCCUUAACCUGGCGUUCGCAGACCUCCUCCUGCUCCUCACACUGCCCUUCUGGGCUGCGGAUGCAGUGAAUGGCUGGGAGAUUGGCACAGCUGCCUGCAAGAUCACUUCAGCUCUCUACACCACUAACUUCAGCUGUAGCAUGCUGCUGCUGGCCUGCAUUAGCAUAGACCGCUAUCGUGCGCUAGCCAGAGGCUCCACCACCGCCAACGCCCCAGCCAGGAGCAACGCCCGCAGGCAGAGGAUAAUCAUGUGCCUCAUGGUUUGGGGACUUGCCAUUGUCCUCGGAUUGCCAGAUAUGGUGUUCUACACAGUGAAGAAGCAGCACUCGAGUGGGCGUAAUGCCUGCCGGGCAGUUUACCCACACAGUAUGGCGCGGGCAGCUAAAGCAACUCUGGAAAUUCUGGAAGUGUCUCUGAGCUUUCUUCUGCCUUUCCUGGUGAUGAUGUUCUGUUAUUGCAGGGUUGGAAUUGUGUUGGGUCAAGCCGCAACAGCGGGCGUACGUGGUGGAAGGAGAUGGCGGGCAUUUCGGGUUUUGAUAGCAGUAGUAGGUGUGUUUCUGUUGACCCAGCUCCCCUAUAAUGUGGUAAAAUUAGUCAGAGCCCUGGAUGUGAUCUACAUUUUAGUGACAGAAUGUGAGGUGAGCAAAAACCUGGACCGGGCCAAUCAAAUCACUGAAAGUCUGGCCCUCACGCAUUGCUGCCUGAAUCCUGUGCUCUAUGUCUUUAUUGGCUCAUCCUUCAAAAUGCACGUUCUGAAGCUUGUCAAGCGCUGCGGGCAGACAGGAAGAGGGUACCGCCAUGGCAAUGAACAGCCCACUGUCGAGAUCUCCCUUAAGUCAGGCACACAAACUCACACUCACUCUUCGUCGGACAAUGAAGACACGAGUACGUUCACCAUAUGACACCGCAAUAACUUCAACAAUGAGGACUGCCAACUAUAUUCCAGUACAUUAUUUUAAAAAUUAAAGUUUUUAAGUAACUUUGACAAUAACAGUCGUGUACAAAGUUAAUUAAGUUUGAAGUAUAAUUCAGUUUUGAUGUGAUCGCUAGCGUAUGCGUAUAAAGUUGAACACGUUUCUUCUUUUUUUUUUGUUAACUUACAUGAACACAGGCACUAAACACAAAUUCACUAGAAAGUUUAAUUUGUGUUCAGUGUCCGCACUAUUUCCAGUCAUUUAAACUAGAGUUGCAGGUUUCUUUUAACCCCUCUCAAAUAGGGAUGGGUCACAAUUUUCAAAUAUUCGAUUAGUUAAUUUAAUUAUAAAAUAUCAAAUAGGUUGUGCGAUUAUGGUUUAAAAAAGUCCCCAUGUUUGCGAGAGAAAGUAUUGAAAUAUAUUUUUUCCUCCCAUCUCGUAUUUAUUCCCUUUAGGGGCU